AUGCUAGGCUUGCGACCUCGUCUAAGACCUCGACCGUCUCUCCUUGAUCUUGUCCGAAAGAAGGAUAUCGACGAACUCUCCCAGUCGCUGAGCCACAAUACACCGCUCGAGGCCGACAACGACGCAAUCCAUAUCCCGCUCCCAACGAGCCCGGUAGUGACGCCUUCGAUCGAAGUCACCAGUCCUCCACCCUAUCGCAUCGAGCAAGAUACACCCCGUAUCAUCGUAUCAGAGGACCAGAAUACAGAAAACAUGGCCCCCAAGCAACAGAAGAAGGAGCAGAAGGAGGAUUCUGAGCAGUAUGGCUCCGUAUACUCCGUCUCUGGACCCGUCAUUGUGGCCGCAGACAUGAUCGGAUGUGCUAUGUACGAACUUGUCCGUGUUGGUCAUGAUAACUUGGUCGGAGAGGUCAUUCGAAUUGAGGCAGAUAAGGCCACUAUUCAGGUUUAUGAGGAAACAGCUGGUGUCACCGUUGGCGACCCCGUCUUUCGCACUGGAAAACCUCUCUCCGUCGAACUUGGUCCCGGUCUCAUGGAAACCAUCUACGACGGUAUUCAGCGCCCCCUUGCCGAAAUCGGUAAAGAGUCGAACAGUAUUUAUAUUCCCCGCGGUAUUGAUGUCCCCGCCCUGGACCGCAAGAGGAAGUGGGAUUUCACACCUGGCAAGCUGAAGGUUGGAGAUCAUAUCACUGGAGGCGACGUUUUCGGUACCGUCUUCGAGAACAGUCUUCUGAGUGAACACAAGAUUAUGCUCCCUCCCAGAGCCCGUGGAACAAUCACGCGCCUUGCUGAUAAGGGUAGCUACACUGUGGACGAAAAGAUCUUGGAGAUUGAGUUCAACGGAACCAAGUCUGAGUACAGCAUGAUGCACGAAUGGCCCGUCCGUGUGCCCCGUCCCAGUACCGAGAAGCUGUCUUCCGACCGACCACUUAUUGUCGGCCAACGUGUGCUUGACGCCCUUUUCCCCAGUGUCCAAGGUGGAACCGUGUGCAUUCCUGGCGCCUUUGGUUGCGGAAAGACUGUCAUCAGUCAGUCGCUAUCCAAAUUUUCGAACUCCGAUAUCAUUAUCUACGUGGGCUGUGGUGAGCGAGGUAACGAGAUGGCUGAGGUCUUGAUGGAUUUCCCUGAGCUCGAGAUUGAGGUCAACGGCAAGAAAGAGCCCAUCAUGAAGCGAACUGCUCUCAUUGCCAACACCUCUAAUAUGCCUGUCGCUGCGCGAGAAGCCUCUAUUUACACUGGAAUUACGAUCAGCGAAUAUUUCCGCGAUAUGGGUAAGGACGUGGCCAUGAUGGCAGACUCUUCUUCUCGAUGGGCUGAGGCCCUUCGUGAGAUCUCGGGACGUUUGGGUGAAAUGCCUGCUGAUCAAGGUUUCCCCGCCUACCUUGGUGCCAAGCUAGCAUCUUUCUAUGAGCGUGCCGGCCGUGUCACUGCUCUUGGAAGUCCCGAGCGACAUGGUAGUGUCAGUAUCGUUGGUGCUGUCAGCCCUCCUGGUGGUGAUUUCUCGGACCCCGUCACGACUAGUACCCUCAACAUUGUCCAAGUUUUCUGGGGUCUGGACAAGAAGCUUGCCCAGCGAAAGCAUUUCCCUUCCAUCAACACUGGUCUCAGUUACAGCAAGUACACCGGACCGCUUGACAAGUUCUAUGCGGAGAACAACCCUGACUUCCCACGUCUGAGAGAUCGUAUCAAGGAAUUGCUCACAACAUCCGACGAUUUGGACCAGGUUGUUCAGCUUGUCGGAAAAUCUGCUCUUGGUGACCCUGACAAGAUCACUCUCGAUGUAGCAACGCUGCUUAAGGAAGAUUUCCUCCAGCAGAACGGAUACUCAGACUACGAUCAAUUCUGCCCGCUCUGGAAGACAGAAUGGAUGAUGAAGAACAUGAUGGCAUUCCAUGACGAGGCACAGAAGGCUGUCGCACAGGGACAAAGUUGGGCCAAGAUCCGUGAGUCCACUGGCGAGAUCCAGAGUGAACUUCGUAGCAUGAAGUUCGAGGUUCCCACACAGGGUGAGGAGGCGAUCACCAAGAAGAUCGCCGUCAUCUGCCUGCCUACCUGUGGCUGUGCGCCGCAACAAGAUCCUAGUCCAACUCCUGUGGUCGGCGCAUGUCGUCUCGCUCACGGACCAAGUCCCACAGCUAGCUACGUUCGCAUCCGCAACGCAACGACGAACCCAAAACUUAACACCACUCCCAUAUCACCGCUUUUACAACAACUCCUCUACACCCCUCUCCGACCCGACCGUCGCAACCUAUUUAAUACCUGCCCGCCUACACGCCUACCUCGAUCCCGCCAGCCAUGGCGACAAACCCAACUGCGUAGGUGGAAUCCCCUUGGGCAGGCAACCCCUCGGAACGGACUGCGGAAUGCUAACGUAUGCCCCGAUAGCAUCAACGUCAACGAUCCUGGGCUGAUUACCCUCGUCAACAAGCUCCAGGAUGUAUUCACCACCGUAGGAGUUCAAAAUCCUAUCGAUUUGCCCCAGAUUGCAGUCGUUGGAUCGCAAUCUAGCGGAAAGAGCUCUGUGUUAGAGAACAUUGUUGGUCGAGAUUUCCUCCCCCGAGGAACCGGUAUCGUGACGCGAAGACCUUUAAUUCUCCAACUCAUCAAUCGGCCGGCUAGCAACCAGUCUCAAACAAACGGCGUUAGCGAGGAGGUGAAGACAUCGGAUAAGGAGUCCAACAAAGACGAGUGGGGCGAGUUCUUGCACAUCCCAGGCCAGAAAUUCCAUGACUUCAACAAGAUCCGCGACGAGAUCGUACGAGAGACAGAAUCUAAGACAGGGCGCAAUGCGGGCAUUUCGCCAGCUCCCAUUAAUUUACGAAUCUACUCGCCAAACGUCCUCACCCUGACCUUGGUUGAUCUUCCAGGUUUGACCAAGGUCCCUGUCGGCGACCAGCCGCGCGAUAUCGAGCGACAAAUCCGAGAGAUGGUGCUGAAGCAGAUUAGCAAGUCUAAUGCGAUAAUAUUGGCUGUCACCGCGGCAAACACUGAUUUGGCAAACUCGGAUGGACUGAAGCUUGCGCGGGAGGUGGAUCCGGAAGGUCAGAGGACGAUUGGUGUGCUCACCAAGGUCGACCUCAUGGACGACGGCACCGACGUUGUUGACAUUCUCGCUGGACGAAUUAUCCCCCUGCGACUAGGAUACGUACCUGUCGUUAACCGUGGACAGAGGGAUAUUGAGAACAAGAAGGCUAUCUCGUAUGCGCUUGAGCAUGAGAAGAACUUUUUUGAAAACCACAAGGCGUAUAGAAACAAGGCUGCUUACUGCGGUACACCAUAUCUGGCUCGCAAGCUCAACUUGACGCUUCCGGACAUCAAGGCACGCAUCUCUUCCUCUUUACAGAAGUACUCGGCCGAGUUGAGUCAACUUGGAGACUCCAUGCUCGGAAACAGCUCAAACAUUGUACUCAACAUGAUUACAGAGUUCAGCAACGAGUACCGAGGAGUCCUAGAGGGAAACAACCAAGAGCUUACGGCCACUGAGCUUUCUGGAGGUGCCCGUAUCUCUUUCGUGUACCACGAGCUUUAUGCCAAUGGUAUCAAGGCGGUUGAUCCAUUCGACAUGGUCAAGGAUGUCGAUAUUCGCACUGUCCUCGUCAACUCCUCUGGAUCUUCCCCAGCGCUUUUUGUUGGUACAACAGCCUUCGAGGUCGUCGUCAAGCAACAGAUCAAGAGAUUGGAAGAUCCCAGUUUGAAGUGUGUGAGCCUAAUCUAUGACGAGCUGAUCCGAAUUCUCGGCCAGCUUCUUGCGAAGCCCAUGUUCAGGCGAUACCCUGCGCUCAAGGAGAAGUUCCAUGUUGUUGUGGUUCAAUUCUUCAAGAAGGCCAUGGAACCAACCAACAAGCUCGUCAAAGAUCUCGUCGCUAUGGAGUCAUGCUAUGUCAACACUGGCCACCCAGACUUCAUCAACGGUUCUCGUGCCAUGGCCAUCGUCCACGAGCGACACAACUCCACAAAGCCCACGCAGGUUGACCCUAAGACCGGAAAGCCACUUCCCCCAGCAGUCCCUCCGCGAUCGAUCUCUCCAUCUAUGGAUUCGAACGAAGGAGGUGGCUUCUUCGGAUCCUUCUUUAACACAAAGAACAAGAAGAAGAUGGCAGCUAUGGAGCCACCACCAUCGAUGCUGAAGGCUUCAGGAACGCUUUCUGACAAGGAAGCUCAGGAGGUCGAAGUUAUCAAACUUCUUAUUACUUCCUACUUCAACAUUGUCCGCCGAACUAUGAUCGACAUGGUUCCCAAGGCCAUUAUGUUGAACCUUGUUACCUUCACCAAGGAGGAGAUGCAACGAGAACUUCUCGAGAACAUGUACAAGACCGAGGAGUUUGACGACCUUCUCAAGGAGAGCGACUUCACCGUCCGAAGGAGGAAGGAAUGCCAACAGAUGGUGGAGAGUCUUUCAAGGGCCCAAGAAAUCGUCAACCAAGUGCAGUAA